GAUGCGAAUGGUGAGACCUGAGAACGUGAUACGUACAAGUACAAAAGAGAAAUACUUCGUUAAACUGAAAAUGCCAAAGCCAAACCGGGGGUUUAACAAUCAUUUCUUGAUUAUUUUCUGAUUCACGCAAUAAGGAGAGAGCAGGUGGGGGAAGGUUCUAUCCCUCCUUGAAAUGUAAUGUAUUCUUUGUGCUGCUGGAUUCUCAUUUGGAUCGGAUCCCUCUGACUUCUCGUCUUCAUCCUUCUCCCGACCCUGUUCGCUGACAAAUUACAGUGAUCCAGUAUGUAUAUGGCAUACGGGUGGCCUCAGGUCAUCCCUCUUCAACCAGGGGCCUGCCCGGUUUCCGAGCAGAUCGUCUAUCUCAAAGUCAUCAAUCGCUUGUUGCUCGUUGUUGCUCCCUCCCACAUAGAACUCUGGAGCUCUUCCCAGAAUAAGGUGAGGUUAGGGAAGUACACGAGAGAUUCGAAUUCACUGCUAAGAGAGGGGGAGAAUUCGCAGGCUGUCUGGAGUCCGGACGCCAAAAUGGUUGCCGUUCUUACAUCUUCAUUCUUUCUUCACAUUUUUAAGAUCCAGAUUACAGAGAAGAGAUUACAAAUUGGAGGGAAGCAUUCAUCUGCACUAUUUCUUGCAACUAUUUCUUUACUUCUCAGUGAGCAGGUGCCUUUUUCAGAUAUGAACUUGACAAUGAGCAAUAUUGUAUGUGACAACAAGCAUCUACUUGUUGGACUCUCAAAUGGAUCUUUACAUCUUAUAUCCUGGAAGGGGGAGUUCUGUGAGGCACUUGAACUACGCUCACAUCCACAUGGCAGCAAUGAAGUCACUGUAGCACAGCAUUCCUUGGACAAUGGGUCUUCUUCAGAAGCUUUGAGAGUUGUGACGCCCAAUGAUAAUUCUUUCCACAGUUAUUCUGUUAUCCAUCUGGAGCUCUCGUUACCCUUGCUGGUUGUGUUAUAUUCUGAUGGAAAACUUGCACUGUGCUCUAUAAGCAAGAAAGGUUUAAAGCAUACUGAGUUUAUCAAGGCUGAAAGAUGGCUGGAUUGUAGUGAUGCUGUUUGUGCUUCUGUAGCUUCAGACCAACAAAUCAUUGCAAUUGGUACCACUAGAGGUGUUGUUCAGUUAUAUGAUCUGGCUGAAUCUGUAUCACUUCUUCGCACUGUAUCUUUGUAUGAUUGGGGAUAUUCUAUGGAAGAUACUGGUUCUGUCAGUUGUAUAGCAUGGACACCUGACAAUUCUGCUUUCGCAGUUGGAUGGAAAUUGAGAGGACUUACUGUUUGGUCAGUUUCUGGUUGUCGUUUGAUGUCUACAAUACGCCAAAUUGGUAUAAGUUCUGUCUCUUCUCCAAUGGUGAAGCCGCACCAGGAUUUUAAAUAUGAACCAUUGAUGGGAGGCACCUCACUUAUGCAGUGGGAUGAAUAUGGAUAUAGACUUUAUGUAAUUGAGGAAGGAUCUUCAGAGAGAAUUCUUUCAUUUUCUUUUGGGAAAUGUUGCCUUAAUAGAGGAGUUUCAGGGACAACAUAUGUUCGCCAAGUGAUUUAUAGUGAUGACAGAUUGCUUAUUGUGCAGUCUGAAGAUACUGAUGAACUUAAGCUUCUACAUCUUAAUCUACCAGUAUCUUAUAUCUCCCAAAACUGGCCACUUUUGCAUGUUGUGGCCAGUAAGGAUGGAAUGUACCUGGCAAUUGCUGGUGUUCAUGGGUUGAUCUUAUAUGACUUACGCUACAAGAAGUGGCGUUUGUUUGGAGAUGUUUCCCAAGAACAGAAAAUCCAGUGCAAAGGAUUGUUAUGGUUGGGGAAAAUUGUUGUUGUUUGCAACUACAUUGAUUCUUCCAAUUCGUACGAGUUGCUCUUUUAUCCAAGAUAUCAUCUUGAUCAGAGUUCUUUGCUUUGCCGGAAACCAUUGCUUGGGAAGCCAAUUGUCAUGGACGUAUUUCAAGAUUAUAUACUUGUCACAUAUCGUCCAUUUGAUGUUCAUAUUUUCCAUGUGAAUAUCAUUGGUGAAUUGUCUCCUUCUAACACUCCAACUUUGCAGCUUUCUACAGUACGAGAACUUUCGAUAAUGACUGCAAAGAGCCAUCCUGCAGCAAUGCGUUUCAUUCCAGAACAGCCUUCAAGUGAGUUUGUCUCAAGAAACCAUCUUUCAUCUUCAUCAGAUCCCUUUGUCAGACAGCCUGCUAGAUGCUUAAUACUGAGAACAAAUGGGGAACUUUCACUACUUGAUUUGGAUGAUGGGCGUGAACGAGGGCUCACGGAUUCAGUUGAAUUGUUUUGGGUUACUUGUGGUCAGACUGAGGAGAAAGCGAAUCUUAUUGAGGAUGUUUCUUGGUUAGAUUAUGGCCACCGAGGAAUGCAGGUUUGGUAUCCAUCUCCUGGUGUUGACUCCUUUAAGCAGGAGGAUUUUUUGCAGUUGGAUCCUGAGCUGGAAUUUGAUCGUGAGGUUUACCCUCUGGGGCUUCUUCCAUAUGCUGGUGUUGUAGUUGGUGUUUCCCAGAGAAUGUCAUUUUCAUCAUGCACAGAGUUUCCUUGUUUUGAGCCUACUCCUCAAGCACAAACAAUAUUACACUGUUUAUUGCGUCACCUUCUUCAGAGGGAUAAAAUUGAGGAAGCUCUGAGAUUGGCACGCUUAUCUGCAGAAAAGCCUCAUUUUUCACAUUGUCUGGAGUGGCUCCUUUUUACUGUAUUUGAUGCUGAAAUAUCCAGGCAAAAUGCGAACAAGAACCAAAUAUCAGUCCCUAAAAGUGCUACCAGCUUCUUACUUUUGGAGAAAACCUGUGAUUUAAUCAAGACUUUUCCUGAAUACUUUGACGUUGUUGUAAGUGUGGCAAGAAAAACUGAUGGGCGACAUUGGGCAGAUUUAUUUUCUGCUGCAGGAAGAUCGACAGAGUUGUUUGAAGAAUGCUUUCAACGGAGAUGGUACAGGACUGCAGCUUGCUACAUACUAGUUAUUGCAAAACUUGAAGGGCCUGCUGUGAGUCAGUACUGUGCUUUGCGUUUAUUACAGGCAACACUUGAUGAAUCUUUAUAUGAACUUGCUGGGGAGCUGGUAAGAUUCUUGUUGAGAUCUGGAAGGGAAUAUGACCAAGCAACUGGAGAGUCUGAGAAACUAUCUCCAAGAUUUUUGGGUUAUUUUCUUUUCCAUUCCAAUUCCAGAAAGCAGCCCUUUGACUCAAAAAGUGCCUCAUUCAAAGAACAGAAUGCACAUAUUGCAUCUGUUAGGAACAUCCUAGAAAGUCAUGCCAGCUACUUAAUGUCAGGAAAGGAACUAACCAAACUUGUUGCAUUUGUAAAGGGCACUCAGUUUGAUCUGGUGGAAUUUCUCCAGCGAGAGAGGUAUGGAUGUGCUCGCUUGGAGAAUUUUGCUUCGGGGCUUGAAUUAAUUGGGCAAAAGCUUCAAAUGAAUAAUUUGCAGAGCCGGUUGGAUGCUGAAUUUCUUUUAGCACAUAUGUGUUCUGUGAAGUUUAAAGAGUGGAUAGUCAUCUUGGCUACACUUCUAAGACGUUCAGAGGUUCUUUUUGAUCUUUUUCGACAUGAUAUGCAGUUAUGGACUGCAUACAUGAUGACUCUUCAGUCACAACCAGCAUUUACCGAAUACUAUGAUCUACUUAAAGACUUAGAAGAGCAGAUCUCAUCCAUCCCAAACUCAGAGAAGUAAACCGAUUAGAUAUCCGUUUCUUCCAAUGUGCAUAGCUGAUACAAGUCCUUGAGACGGAUUAUCUUCUCCAUCACUGGAUGAAUGAAACCAUCGACAAUGCUGGUUCCCAUGUGAUUUUGUAGGAGAGAUCAUAUUGUGUAUUUCAACCAUGUAAAUAUCAGCGUAAGGACCAAAUCUGUGGGGUAUAAGGUGGAAAGAUGGGCUCUGCCAUUGUUGGUGCUCUGUAUUUGUUUAUUUCCGCUUUAUUUUAUUUUCUUCCUUCCAUUAUUGAAUUAUAUUGUUAGCUGAGGCAGAUAAAAUACCUAGUGUAGGAAUUCACUGGUCUAGUCAUAUUCAUGUUUGGCCUAAAUUGCCAUUCACGUG